AUGGCGGGCGCGCUGAGCGGCAUGUUCGCGAACCAGCCGCCGGGGCCGCCGCCGCCGCCGGGGCCGCCCGGCGGGCCGGGGCCGCCCGGCCUCAUCCCGCCGCCGCCGGGGCCGCGCAGCAACCCCAACAACACGCUCGUGGACGAGCUGGAAGCAUCCUUCGAGGCCUGCUUCGCCUCGCUCGUGAGCCAGGACUACGUGAACGGGACGGACCAGGAGGAGAUCCGCACCGGUGUUGAUCAGUGUAUCCAGAAAUUUUUGGAUGUUGCAAGACAAACAGAGUGUUUUUUCCUACAAAAAAGACUGCAGCUAUCUGUCCAGAAACCAGAGCAAGUAAUUAAAGAGGAUGUUUCAGAAUUAAGAAAUGAAUUGCAGAGAAAAGAAGCAUUAAUUCAGAAGCAUUUAGGUAAACUACGACACUGGCAACAGGUCCUGGAAGAUAUCAGUGUACAACACAAAAAACCUGCAGAAAUACCUCAAGGUCCAUUAGCUUACCUAGAACAGGCAUCUGCUAAUAUUCCUGCUCCAAUGAAGCAAACGUGACCUUUACGUAUCUGAAGAAUAUUUUGAACAGUGCAAAGUGGUGUUGCCAUUUCUACUUUUUCUCAUUUUUGUAUAAUGUAAUUUGUACUGCAGAUAUAAAUAGUUAAGACAGAGAACUGAACCAAAUAAAUUAUCCUUUUUGCAAAAA